AUGGCAAUGAAAGCAGUAGUCUUCCGAGGCGCCUUUGAUGUUGGCGUCGAAACGAGAGCCAAACCAACUAUUCGCGAUCAAACGGAUGCUAUUGUAAAGGUCAAGGUAGCUGGAAUAUGUGGAAGUGAAUUGCAUAUGUAUCGUGGCCACCAGAAAACGGCUACUGGUCACAUUAUGGGCCAUGAAUUCAUUGGAAUCGUUGACCAAGUAGGCUCAGAUGUCAACAGAUUUGCAGUUGGUGACGAAGUCGUUUCCAUAUUCUCUCCUGUCUGUCUGAGAUGUUGGUAUUGUAAGCAAGGACUUACCAACCGAUGUGUCGAGGGGGUCGCCUUUGGAACCCAAAAGCUCGAUGGCGGACAGGCUGAAUUUGUGAGAGUGCCUUUUGCGGAUGGCACUCUACACCUUGUACCAGAAGAUUUGGAUAGGUCUCUGCUCAUCAUGAUGUGCGACAUCUUUCCAACUGGCUAUUAUGGGGCCAGUCGGGCUAUUGAAGGUUUACAAAACCAGUCCUCAGUCGUCGUUUGUCUCGGUUGUGGACCUGUCGGUAUAUGUGCCAUCGCCACUGCUCGAUCAAAAGGAAUUCAGACCGUUUUGGCAGUGGACAGUGUCGAUGAUCGCCUCGAAGAAGCUGCUCAGCUGGGCGCAAUUCCACUCAACUUCUCCAAGCACGAUAUUUUAGAAGAGGUCAAGUCCCUAACCCAAGGUCGCGGAGCAGACGCGGUCAUUGAAGUGGUAGGCAACCCAGCAGCUCUUAAGUCUGCCUUUGAGUUGUUGCGUCCAUGUGGAAUAUUGUCUUCAGUGGGCUUUCACCAAGAUGAUCUCCCAUUCACUGGACUGGACUGCUAUCUUAAAAACAUAACUAUGAACUUUGGUCGGGUCCCAGUUCGUACAGUCUUCAAUGAUGCACUGCAAUGUCUAAGGGAGAACCAACAUGCAUUAAAGAACUAUGUUACUCAUGAAUUAUCACUAGAUGAUGCUGCUCUUGGCUAUGACUUGUUUGAAAAGAGGGUUGCAAGAAAAGUAAUACUACAAGUGUAA